AUGAGCAGACAAGUGCAUAAGACAUCCGGCGGUGGGAGCCGCAGCUUCUCUGGCCGUUCCGCAGUGGUCCCCGGCCGAAGCAGCAGCAGCAGCACCAGGAUGAGCUGCGUGGCUCGUUCGGCAGCAGCUGGCUCAGGGGCCUCUGGGAUCCGGGGGGGAGCAGGUGGCUUUGGCAGUCGCAGCCUCUACAACCUGGGUGGCCACAAAAGCAUCUCCAUGAGUGUGGCAGCUGGUAGCUCCCAGGCUGGUGGCUUUGGUGGAGGGCGGAGCAUGUGUGGCAGUGGCUUUGGGGGUGGCUAUGGAGGUGGCUUUGGUGGUGGCAGUGGAAUGGGAGGUGGUUUUGGGGGAGCAGUUGGUUUUGGGGGAGCAGGUGGCUUUGGGGGAGCAGGUGGCUUUGGGGGAGCAGGCGGUUUUGGUGGUCCUGGUGGCUUUGGUGGCCCUGGUGGUUUCCCUGGAGGCAUCCAGGAAGUGACUGUCAAUCAAAGCCUGCUGCAGCCCCUCAAUGUGGAGAUUGACCCGCAGAUUGGGCAAGUGAGGGCCCAGGAACGGGAGCAGAUCAAGACCCUCAACAACAAGUUUGCUUCUUUCAUUGACAAGGUGCGCUUCCUGGAGCAGCAGAACAAGGUCCUGGAGACCAAGUGGGCACUGCUGCAGCAGCAGGGCACCAACUCCAUCACAGGCACCAACAACCUCGAGCCCCUCUUUGAGAACCACAUCAACUACCUGCGCAGUUACUUGGAUGGCAUCAUCAGUGAGAGAGGCCGCCUGGACUCGGAGCUAAGGAGCAUGCAGGAUCUGGUGGAGGACUUCAAGAAGAAAUAUGAGGAUGAAAUCAACAAGCGCACGGCUGCUGAGAACGAAUUUGUGACCCUGAAAAAGGAUGUGGAUGCCUCCUACAUGAACAAGGUGGAGCUCCAGGCUAAGGUGGAUGCCUUGAUGGAUGAGAUCAAUUUCCUGAGGACCCUGUACGAUGCUGAGCUGUCUCAGAUGCAGAGCCAUGUCUCCGACACAUCUGUGGUGCUGUCCAUGGACAACAACCGCUCGCUGGACCUGGACAGCAUCAUCGCCGAGGUCCGCGCCCAGUAUGAGGACAUUGCCCAGAGGAGCAAGGCAGAGGCUGAGGCGCUGUACCAGACCAAGCUUGGGGAGCUGCAGACCACAGCUGGCAGGCAUGGUGAUGACCUGAAGAGCACCAAGAGUGAGAUUGCAGAGCUCAACAGGAUGAUCCAGAGGCUGCGGGCUGAGAUUGAGAAUGUCAAGAAGCAGAAUGCCAGCCUGCAGUCAGCUAUUGCCGAUGCUGAGCAGCGUGGGGAGCUGGCCCUCAAGGAUGCUCGGGCCAAGCUGGACGGUCUGGAGGCUGCCCUGCAGAAGGCCAAGGAUGACCUGGCCCGGCUGCUGCGCGACUACCAGGAGCUGAUGAACGUGAAGCUGGCCCUGGACGUAGAGAUCGCCACCUACCGCAAGCUGCUGGAGGGCGAGGAGUGCAGAAUGUCCGGAGAGUGCCAGAGUGCUGUCAGCAUCUCGGUGGUCAACAGCAGCACCACCACCUCAGCCGCAGCAGGUGGCUAUGGAGGCGGCUUCGGCAUGGGAGGUGGUGCAGGUGGCUUAGGCCGUGGAGGUGGCAGCGGAUUUGGCAGUGGAUUCGGCGGCGGCAGCAGCAGCAGCGGCGGAUUCAGGGUGGGCAGCGGCGGCGGUUUCGGCUCCAGCUCUGGGGGUCGCAGCGCUGUCAGCGGCGGAGGCUUCAGCUCCGGCAGCACCCGGGGCAGCAGCGUCAAGUUCUCCCAGUCCUCUCAGCGCUACUCCAGAUGA